AUGGGACAGUUUUAUCAAUCAGCUCAGACUAUGCGACAACGCAUGUAUCAUUUUGUUACCGGUCUACAAAUUAUUUCAAGUUUCUUAUCAUUAUUGAUAUUAUGCAUUACGUUACCUCUUAUGUAUAAUAAUGUUCAAACAACAAUUGAUUAUGUUGAUAAUGGAAUGUUAUUCUGUGAGCAUUCAAAUGAAGAAGCAUUGCUGGAAAUAGAACGAGGCAAAUCAUAUAGUGCUUCAAAUAGGACGAAACGUCAAACAUAUGAUCAGAAUGAUGGUUAUCAGACAUUGAAUUCGUUUCAAAAAAAUUUUAUGACGGAUGAAGUAACUGGUACACCGAUUGAAACAGAAUGUCCAGGUUGCUGUAUUCCUGGUCCGCCAGGACCACGUGGUGCAAGAGGUACACCUGGAAAGCCCGGAGCUCCUGGGCCAGCAGGAAAACCUGGCAUUCCUGGAACAACUCCAAAUCAAACAUGCCCAAUACAAACAAAUCGACCGCUUCCGCCGUGUCGUCCAUGCCCAAAAGGUCCUCCGGGUAUCAAGGGUUGGCCUGGAUUUCCAGGCGAUCCCGGUCCAGUUGGCGAACCUGGAGCAAAGGGUAAAGAUGGUGAAGAUGGCGAACCAGGUGAACCGGGACCACAAGGUCCGCCAGGUUUUCAAGGUGGUCCAGGUGUGCCAGGUGAUAAAGGCCCAACACCAGAAGGUGAACUUAGAGAAGGCCCACCUGGAGAUCCAGGACCAGUAGGACCCGUUGGUGCUCCUGGUCUUCCAGGAUUACCUGGUCGAAAUGGAAUGACAGGACCACAAGGCGAACGUGGUUGGCCAGGUUUACCAGGUGAACCGGGUGAGCCCGGAUAUCCUGGCCCAGAAGGUCCACCAGGUGAACAAGGACCUCCAGGCGAACCAGGAAUAUGUGUUUGUCAGAAUGUUAACUCAAUUAUUCUCGUGAAUCCAUCUGCUUCUCAACCUCUGCUACCGGAACAUGUGGAAAUUGAUUAA